UGUCAAUUACUCAAUGUCAUGUAAAGAAUAAAGAUUGUAAAGAAUCGUAAAAUAGAAUCGAAAUUCGAAAUUUUCGAAUGCGAAUACAAUAAAAUGCUCAAUUCCCCAUAGAAAUCACAUAAAUAAAAAAUAUUUCGUUAUUAAACAGUACCUAAACAGUGCUAAUUAUUUUAAAAAUAGUCAGUUACAAUAAUUACAAAUUAAAUUGUAACUUGUUUAUUGCAAUAAUAUUGUUUAAUUCUCGAUUAAACGCAUUGUUUUUUUAUAGUUACAAAAUUGACCAUUGAUAAUUCAAAAUAAUAUGAUAGCUCAAGCGUAAUAUUACCCUUAUAGGAUUUAUGACAUACAAUUGUAGUUUAGAAAUGUUCAAGAGCCAAAUACAAAAUGGAAAGUCAAGAUUAUGAUCAUGUAUCAUUUUUAAUUGGUCUCAGUUUAGCAAUAUCAUCAAGUAUAUUUAUAGGGUCAAGUUUCAUUAUAAAAAAAAUUGCUCUAAUGAAAAUGAACACUUUAGGGAACACUAGACCUUCGGCAGGAGGUUAUUCAUAUUUGAAGCAGUGGAUAUGGUGGCUAGGUUUCUUAACAAUGGGUAUAGGCGAAGCGGCGAACCUUGUUGCUUAUGCAUUUGCUCCUGCAGCUCUGGUGACUCCUUUAGGUGCUCUGAGUGUGCUUGUUGCUGCUGUACUAUCUGCUAAAUUCCUAAAUGAAAAACUUAAUAUUUCUGGCAAGAUUGGCUGUUUUUUGUGUAUCCUGGGCUCAGUUAUUUUUGUUGUGCAUUCACCUAAACAUGAUGAAAUACAACAAUUUUCAGAACUUACUACAAAGUUAAGUGAUAGUAUUUUUCUGAGUUAUAUUUUCACAAUUUUAAUUAUGACAUUAAUUGUUAAGGUAAUAUUUGUACCACGGUUUGGUAAUACAAGUAUCAUAGUAUAUAUACUAAUAUGUUCAGCAGUAGGCAGUUUGACUGUAGUUUUCUGUAAAGGUGUAGCUUUAGGCAUUAAAGAAAGUAUUAAUAGUGAUAUAAAUAAUAUUUCUAGUUUCAUAUUUUGGUUAUUGCUCAUAAUGAGUAUUAUUUGUAUCAUGAUACAAAUGAACUAUUUAAAUAAGGCACUUGAUAUAUUCAAUACAAAUAUAGUUACACCAGUUUAUUAUGUUAUGUUUACAGUAUUAGUUAUCAUAGCAUCUGGUAUUUUGUUUAGGGAAUGGGAACAAAUGGAAAUGUAUGAUAUUGUGGGCUGCUUGUGUGGUUUCUUUAUUUUAAUAGUAGCAGUCUUUACACUAAACACCUUUAAAGAAAAAAGUUUUACUUUUGAUUUAAGACAUAGGAUGUCUAUACAGGAAGAAAAUUUUUUUAGUGCGGAUAUUUUUAUAUUUUGUACAUAAACAAAAUUUAAUGAUCACGUAUUUUUUCUUUUUUUUUUUAACUCAAAAAUAACAAAAUUAUCGUUAGCUAAAGUUAUUUACUUUUGAACAGAAUUUUAGGGUCACCCUAUUGUGCGUUUAUUUUAUUUUCGUUUGAUACCUAAAGGACGUCACCAGAUCACUUUUAAGCUGAAUAUAUCUUGUUUAGUAAUAAUAUGUACAUUAUUUUGUUAUUUUAGAGACAUAAAUAAAUAAAAAAAAAUACAUAAAAUGUAUCGAACUGUUUGUAGAUUUAUAUUCUAUUAAUGAUACAGAACCACGAAAAAAAAUAUCCGCACUAAAGACCGAAUCACCCUGUAUAAAUAAGGGUGUUGGUGAUGAUGAUAAUGUUAUAACUUAGAACCAAAAAGUAACUAAUUUAUUAUUUAAAACAUAAAUAAGUGAGAAAGUGAUAGUAUCCAAAGUAUUAUGUGAAGGUAACAAAACAAUACUACAAGUUAUAUUAUAAAUUAUAUAAUAUAUUUAAUAUUUAUGUUAUAAUUUUACACUUUAGCCAUGCUAUAACAAAGAUCAUUAUUUGAUCUUUUUAUUUUGAAACUUAAUAGAUAGUAGCAUGCAUAAGUUUUUUAACUAGGGUGUGCACUAUAAGUAAAUACUGGAAAAUUUCUUGUCCAACUAUGUAUUCUGUGGUCCAACAUAGGUUUGUAUUGAGUUCUUGGGGUAGGCAGUGCUUUUUUGCAUCUAUGAACUGCACGCCACUGAUAGAAGCCACUUCACAGAAGUUAUCUACCUAUGGAUGGCACUGUAAUAUCAUUCUUAUCAUAAUUGUAAUAAAUAACUACUGCAUACAUAGUAAUUCUAUUCAAUGAUUAAACCAUCAUAUAAGUAAAUGCAAUAUUUCACAAUUUAUAUAGGCAAUAAAUAUACCAUCAAGUGAGAUUGCAGUCAAGGGCUCACUUGUAAAGAAUAAAAAAAGAGGUAUAAGUUGUGGUAUUGUAUUUAGAUUUUGACCACUAGAAAGCUACAUUAUUUGUAAAAGCUACAUUAGUAGGCUAUAUUUUAUCCUCACCUUCCCAUGGGAGCUAUGUGGAUAAAACCACUGACAUCACUUAUAAGCAAUAAACUCUUUAAUUUGAAUUCCACAAAAAAAAAUCAAAUAAACAUAGUUAAAAUAGAUAAUUAUCUACACUGAUAUUAUAAAUAGGAAAGAUUUGAUUGUUUACAUUGAAUAGGCUCUGAAACUACUGGACCAAUUUGAAUAAUUCUACAUUGUCUCUGAUGAACAUAGGUUAUAUAUAUUUUAUCCCUUUAUUUCCUGUCCCACAGGAACAGAAACUAGCAUCUGUUAGUUUUACAAUAAGGUUAAAAGUAUUUUAAAUCAUUCAUUGAUUAGAAUAUAAGAAAAAUAAUAUAUUUAAUUUGUUCCAACAAAAUACAUUGAAAAUUUUGGUUGUGUUUUAUUAUUGUGGCUAUAAAUUAAGCAUUUGCCCAUAAAUUACAACAAUUAUAAUUUUAUUUAAAUGUAGUAAUGAUGAGGCCAGUGAUAAAUAAAAUAUAUAUCUUUUAAAUUUGUAUAAACAUGGUUUUUAUUUAAAAAGUUAUUUAUAAAAAAAAAUCUACAUUAUCAGUACAGAAACAAGAAACUAAUUCUUAGUAUUUAGAAUAAUUAUAUUCUUAAUAAACAAUGUCAGACAUACCUUUCCUUGACUGUUUUCCUUUCUAAACAAGUAAAUAUUACUAUUUCACCCCAUUCUAUUUAUAUGUUUGCAUGUUUUAUAUUUAUAAUAAAUAGUCCAAAAACAUUUUCUAAAAAUAUAACUCUAACCAUGAACAAUUUAUAUUA